AUGACGCUCUCGCUGAUGCCCUUUCGACGCGCUCAGUGGCGAGCACCUCUCCUUGUGCUUGCACUAGCAAUAGGCUCUCUACUGGCUCUUGAGGCAGCUGCCCGUGAGCACGAUCUCCUGAAAGUCCAGCUCCACAAGCAGCAGCAACAGCCAAGCACUGAUCGAUCCCAUCGACUGGUACACCAACAAACUCGAGCUCGUCGACGGGCACUGGAAGCAGGAAACGGCACAGUAGAUGGAGAUUUUGGACUGGGUGCACUGGCUCUCAGUGAGUCGUCGCUGGGUGUGGGCUACGGCACCCACUAUGCUGAAGUUUACUUGGGUAUUCCAACGCAACGCGCGUCGUUGAUUGUUGAUACUGGAAGCCAUACCACGGCGUUGCCGUGCAGCGAGUGCGAUGGCUGUGGACAGCACACGGAUGUGCUCUUUAAUGUAUCGCAGUCGACAACCGCAAAGUAUUUAUCGUGCCACGAUGUCAAUUCUUGCUCUUCCUGUGAUCAUGAUCGCUGCUAUGUCUCGCAGACGUACUUUGAAGGCAGCAUGUGGCAAGCAGUUAUGGUCGAAGAGUUGGUAUGGGUGGGAGGGCCGUCAUCAUCCAUAGGUGACGAAAUGGAAGGAUUCCUCAAGACGUUUGGGUUCCGAUUUCCACUUGGGUGUCAGACCAAAGAGACUGGUCUCUUUAUCACGCAAAAGGAAAAUGGCAUCAUGGGCCUUGGGCGUCACGAUCAGACCGUCCUGUCGUAUAUGCUGAAGGCAGGUCGCGUGACACAUAACGUCUUUACUCUUUGCUUCGGUAGUGACGGAGGGGAGCUCGUGUUCGGUGGAGUGGAUUACAGCCACCACACAAGUACUGUGGAUUACACACCGCUACUUGACGCCAAGUCUACCUACUACCCAGUGCAUGUAAAGGAUAUUCUCAUGAACGGAGUGUCGUUGGGUAUUGACGUUGACACGAUCAACUCGGGCAGAGGCGUGCUAGUUGAUAGCGGAACAACCGACACUUUUUUUGACGGAAGAGGGAAUCGCAACUUUAUGAAAGCGUUCCAGAAUGCAGCAGGAGGUCGAGAGUAUAGUGACGAGCGCAUGCAAGUUUCGAACGAAGACUUGGCAGCCCUUCCUAUUAUAUCUGUUGUGCUAUCUGGGAUGAAAGGAGAUGGCACUGAUGAUGUCCAGCUCGAUGUUCCUGCGUCAAAGUAUCUUACUCUCUCCGAAGACGGCAAGUCGUACACUGGCAACUUUCAUUUCUCGGAGCGCAGUGGUGGAGUCUUGGGUUCGAGUGUCAUGGUUGGCUUGGACGUGAUCUUUGAUGGAGAAAACAACCGCAUUGGCUUUGCAGAGUCAAGUUGUGGAAGAAGCGAUACAGAUGCACACAUUGUGAACAGUACUGAUCGACCAAUAUCCAUAGCUGCAUCAUCGAUUGCUCCUGCCCAUCCAGCGAAUGCCUCCGAUAGCUCCAACAAUAGCUCAGAUACGAACACAACCGUAGCGGCGCUGUCCAAUACUGUUGACAAUGCCGACGUGUCUGUUGGUGACAUCGACACAACUGCAACAGCGCUGACUGACACUCUCAGUAAUGCCGGCAUAGUCACCAGUUCAUUCGCUGACGCAACGACUGGACAAGCAAGUCCCAAGGCUACUAUUUUUAUCGCGGGAGUUAUCGCCAUUUCGCUGGUGGGCGUGGGACUAGGUGUCAUGGUUUGGACGAGGUGGCGCAUGCGUUCAUGGUCUCGCAUUCCGAAGCGUGCGCACUUCGACAUUGCAGACAUCGACAGUAUGCCUUUAUCGUCUUUGCCAGGAAGGCCACUGUCUCCUCGAUCUCAAUCAGAUUCGAUUGCUUGGUCGCCGAAGUUCACGAUUGGAUCGAGUGGAGAGGAAGACAUGGAUGAGCUGUGUGGAGAGGAGAAAGACGAAGAAGAAGGUGCUGGUGUCUGA